AUGAGACAAGAACUCAAUGAAGUGCCACCAGAGAUUCUUAACAAUCCACGAUACUACCCUUAUUUCAAGGAUUGUAUUGGUAUGAUAGAUAGUACACAUAUAGAUACAAUGCUUCUUGCUAGCCUUGUCUCACGCUUUAGUGGUCGCAAAAGAGUCACACAAAAUGUACCAGCAGCUUGUACUUCAAACAAGUUGUUCACGUACGUAUUAGCAUGGUGGAAAAGUUCUGCAAAUGAUUAUAAGAUCCUCCAGGAUACUUUAUCUAGACCACAACCACAUUGGUUGAGAGUCUACGAUGUUGUUGAUCCUAACGAUGAUAUACUAAAUGAUGUCGUCAACAUUGAAGAGGAUGAUGGUGAUAUAACAAAUGAAGAUUAA